AACGGAAAGAGGCAAACAGGCCGAGACGGAUUUUCGCUCCCCCCAAACAGUUCCCAAACGCAGCCAGUGCUGAGGAGAUUCGCUGACCCCUGCCGUGGUGUGCUUCCCGGGUUUGUACAUACACACUCCCCGUGCGUUAGGUUUUUUGCACACACAUACGCGUCCUUGGCCAAAACGAAAAAGGGCAGGAAACCUCAGUGGUGGUGGUGCUGGUGUGCAUCGGUGUGUGUGUGGAUACGAAGAGCUCGGCCCGUGUGAUAUGGUCUUGCGGAUGCUGGAAUGCACAGCAGCACGCACAUAAAUCUCCCAGGAGAAACAUAGGCGAACAAUCAGCAACCAUCAGAAACACACACACACACACAUACGCGGGAGCAUUCCUCGUCCAGCAAUCAGAUGAGCUAAGCUCAGCAGCAGUUGCAGAAAGAAAGCAAGCAAGCAACAGCAACAAAAAGUAAGGAAAAGGGUGGACGAACUGUGCCGUUGGAAUUUUGGGACCAGCGGCAGCCAGCAAUCACCAAUCAACCACAUCGGGGCUCGGGAAGGUCGGGAAGGUCCAUCGAACUUUUUGCCCCAGCUCCAGCACUCUCCCAUCCUACCCCCGUUCCCCCAUACAACCCCCAUCACAACCAGCACCAAGAAAAAAGAGGAGCAAACAUGGUAGACAGCAUGUCGCAGGAUGCUGAGUCGUUCGAGAUGCUGAAAGCGCUGUACGACUUUACCGCCGUCUACCCGAAGACGAUCAGCUUCGACGAGGGCGAAUACUUCAUCCUGCAUCAGACGAGCGCUCGGCAGCGGAACUGGUGGCAGGUGGUCAGCAUGAAGGGCAACAUCGGGUUCGUCCCGUCCAACUACGUGAUGAAGCUGAAGGUCAAUCCACUCUUUCUAAACGGCUUUCUCGAAUCCAGCAUAGAAUCGUUGCGGCUGUCGACGGAGAAGGAAAUAAACGGCAUCAUCGGGCGGGAGGAACUGAUCAGCCGGCUAGUGGAGAAGAAGCGCAUGCUGGAAAAAAUGCUGAAGUACGAGCUGACGGAUAGUGAAUCGGAACCGCCCUCGCCGAUCAAGAUGAGCAACGGGCACCUGAAGCAGCAGCAGCACGACGGCUCGAGCGAACGCACGGCACCGCUGAAGAACGGUCCCCAGCGACACUCGCCGCCUGCACCGUCUGAGCAGCAGCAGCAGCAGCCGGUGAUGAUGCAGACGGCGAAGAAAUCGAAAUCGAGCCCGGCCGUCGGUGGCCAGGUGCCGCCCCAGUUCAUCCAGGAAAGUCCCAGCACGGGCGUGCUGGCGACGAAGCACAGCGGCGGCCCGGCACAGACCGAGGAGCAGCAGCAGCAGCAGGCACCGGCGGUCGUCGCCGUAGCCGCUGCCGCAGCCAGCCAGGAACCGAGCAGCACCCUGUCCGAGCUGUCGUCCGUGUCGUCCGAGCAGACGGAGCCGACGAGCAACAACACCGCCACGACCGGCACGCUCACGACGACGAGCGACGAGAUAACGGCCAUCUCGCGCAUCGACGAUCGGGGCGGGGCGGGCGAGGAACCGUCGCUCGGUGCCGGUGCCCCGACCGAGGCCGAAAACCAGACCGAUCACGAGCUGAACGAGCUGGAGACGACCAACAACGACGACGUGACGGUGAGCGAGACCGAACCGCAACCGGUUUCGGUGCGGGAGCCGCCGCACGAUGCACCGCCGCAGGAGGAGGACGAACCGGUCGGGCCGGCCGAGGGAGCGGCUGGCGGGGGCGACGGCGGUGGCAGUGUGACGGCCGGCGGGGACGAUGGUACGCUCGCGAGCGACACGGAGCGCGAGGCCGGCUCGGGCGCCGAGUGUGGCGAGAGCAGCGUGGCGACCGGCGACGAACCGGCGGAGCCGGCGGAAGAUCUGGCCAAGCAGCCGCCGGCCAGGGUGGAAGCGGCCGAGGUGUACCAGAUAGUGGACGCGAUACGCAAGGCCACCCGGCUCAGCCACGAGCUGUCCUGCGUCGCGCUGCGCGUGGUGCUGGCCGAGCUGGAGGUGCUGCUGCCGCCGGCCGUCGUCCGCCAUCUCGAGCCGGUCGCCGUCCAUCUGGCCGCCCCGUUCGACGUGCCGGACGGGCUGCUGAGCAAGACGCACGAUGCGCACCGGCUGCGGCUGAUCUUUGCCGAGCUGUCCGACUGCAAGAACGACUCGGAGCAGCGCACAUGGAUGCUGCACGAGGACGAGGCCGACAUCCGGCAGUACCUGGCCGAGCUGAUCCGCAUCCUCACCGACGCCGAUCCGAAGAUCUGCCGCAGCGAGAUGGCGUGCGACCAGUACCAGAGCAUCAUCAACCUGGUGCUGUACUACCAGAUGGAGACGCGCUGGUCGAUCCGGAAGCUGCUGCUGGCCGCGUUCCGCGCGAUGUGCCAUCUCGACUACACCACCGUCGACAUACUGCUCGGCUCGGUGCUGCCGCUCGAGCUCGUGCAGGACAUGGUGUCGAACCCGCGCAACAUCGAGAAGCUGCAGGAGCUGGCGAACAUGCUCAUCAUCAUCUUCUCGAUCGGGCGCCGGAUGCCGAUCAAUCAGCAAGAUCAUCUGCGGGCAGAUUUCAUCAUCUUUCUGCUGAACAUUAUCGAGACGCCGCCGGAGAGCGACGUCCAGGAGGUGCUGCCCGACAUCAUGAUCAACCUGAUCCUGUCGUUCAACCUGCAGUUUGACAACUUUGCCGAGAACGUGGUGCUGGAAGCGAUGGAGCAGUUCAAGACGGCCAAAACCUUUACCGAGAAGAUACUGCUGCUGAUCAACCGGGAGGAGGACCCGGUGCACACGCUGAAGCACACGCCGAUGAACAUCAACCCGGUGCUGAAGAUGCUGGUCGAUCUGUUCAGCCGCCCGGAGACGGCGUCCAUCUUCUACACCAACGACAACAAGGUGCUGAUCGACAUACUCGUGCGCCAGCUGUCCGAUCUGUCCGCCGGCGAGCCGAUUCGCAAAUGGUACCUGGAGCUGUGCCGGAAGAUCCUGCGCAACACCAACUAUCCCGAGCACCAGCACCGCAAGCAGGACCUGAUGAAGAUCUUCACCCGCAUCUUCUGCGAGGAGACGGAGUGCAGCGCCAGCGACCAGCAGAUUGUGCGCGAAAUAGCGAACGAGUUUCCGCAAAUCUUCAAAGCGUGAAGUGGUUUGGCUGCUGCUGCAGCGUGCAGCGAGUUUGUUUUCGGGCGCGGGCGAACGGUUUGCGCUGUCCUGCGCCGGCUCGAACGAUAUAUUUAUUAUUGUUAAGCGUUAAGCACACAUGAUAACACGAUGCGUACAAACGGAACCCUUUUGAUCUGAGAUAGAAAGAUUUGACGCCACACAUGAUGGAGAAAGAUGGCAAAAUAUUGAACGUUAGUGGUUUUUGUUUGGUGAUGUAAUAGCUAUGAAUUUACGGCCGAUCGUCCCUUCUCCCUGUUAUGCUAGUCAAUCCUGGCUUCUUUCACCUUCCCGCCACCCUAUUGCCCCUCUCCUCCCAUCACACAUUCCCCAUCCAGCUCUAUCGGGACAUGUUUACUAAUUACGGGCCUGCUAAGCGGAACAGGCAAGCAGCAAACAAUAGUCUGUUAAACAAAAAAUCGUUCGUUAAAUACCUUCCCUGUUAAAUGCUUACAUCAAAGAGUUCUUUUUUAAGGCUACAUUUUUAACCAAACAAGAGAGAAAGAGAGAGAGAGAGAGAGAGAGAGAGGUCGAGCAUUUAGUGUUGGCUCGUGCCCAAACUACUGAAAAGCAAAAAAGAGAGAGAGAGAGAAAAAAAAAGCGUUCGAACGUCGUUUGGAGUAUGAAAUACCCGCAAAACUAUUUAUUAUUACGAUGUAACCAAACUCUUAGCUAAGCAAAAUGAGUCUGAAACCGUUUUACGGAACGAGGCAGCACAGCGCAGCACACACGACGGUAGCACAUUUUGUUAAACCAUGAACGCCGUGGUAGGGAACGGUGGCUGAAAGAGCAAUCUAACCAAUCCAAACCAAUAUAUUCAACCAUCCAGCCAACCCCAGUGCGUGUGCUGUGUGGUAGUGAUUUGCUUUAACAUAAAAAGUGCACUAGAAGCUGCUAUUUGUCGGCGGGGACACGCGGUUGUUUGAUUGUUUGAUAGAUCAGAGUUUAGGCCUGUUUUUCCCAUUGCCAUUGACGCGAUCUCUGUUUUCUCGCAAUCGUACGCGAAGCGAAAUGUGACUCAAACAACAACAAGGAAACUCAUAGACACACACACACACUGGCACAGAGUAGUUGUAGUACGAGUUAUAAAUAUCGCUACAGAAGGAUUAUUAUAAAAUAUGCUCCAUCCUUCUCACAACCCUUGUCGCGCCCAAACAGUGCAAUUUCUUCCCCACUUUUUGCGAUAUUGUUAACCGACACGAUAUAGAGGUGUGUGUGUGUGUGUGUAUGGGUGCGUGUUAAUUAGAACCCCGUAAAGGGCGACCGUACAGCCGCUUACGUAGAAUGCAUUUAAACGCAUCCUUCCCACGCCACACACAGUUAGGGUAGAGGUACAGAGGCAAGACAAAAGGAGAAAGAGAAGAACACGCACAGGCAUUUUAUAACAAACAAAUUCUAUCAAAUUGCCUGUUAAAAAGUGAAAAUGAUGUAAGCCAUGUAUGUGUGUGUGUGUUACAUUUCCCCCCCCAAUCGAAGCAAUGAACUCUAUUGCGCAAAACUCGCUUACUGUUGCGGGGAGCUUUAAAAGAAAGCGGUUGAGAUUGGCAUCGCCAGAUUGUUAUAAGCUUUAUAUUUCCCAAAUUGGCCCUUGGAGUGUGUUGGCGGUUGCAUUUUUUUUUUUCUUAAACUUUGCCUCGGAACAACGGACAGAUCCAAAGAUUACGUUAUAAGCCAUCAUUAUAGAGCGAAUAAGCGUUAAUUAAUUAUGUGAUACAGCAUUACUUUUACCUUUUGUGUAACGGCCCGUUUCGACCUAGUCUUAGCUAUCAAAGCAACCUCAUUUACACACACACACACACACUCGCUCUCUCUCUCUCUUUUAUUAUACGCAUUCGGUAGACUUAAGCAUGUAACGCUUACACAGGCUAGGCGCAGGAUAGAACAUAAUGAAAUGAAUUUGUCAAACCCCAAAAUGUGCCAAUUAACCAACACCGAACCGUUCAUCAUACCAGGACGAGUAACCCCCCCUUCGUGAAGCUACGAACCUGCUACGAGCAGCUCCACAGCUCAUAUGAAGUGUAAUAAGUCCACGCAUUACUUGCAAUGUAGCAAGUACAGUAGACGGCUUAGUGUGUAGGAUUUUUUUUUUUUAAACGAAUAAUUUAUAACGCUUUUAAACAUUAUCGAUCGUUCGCGUUGUUCCGAUGCAGAGGCAUUUAAAAACGUAAAAGUGUAAAGUUGGAAAUAGAGAUAAAGAGAAGGAGAAAGAGAGAGAGAAAGAGAGAGGGAGAGAGAGAGAGAGAGAGAGAGAGAGAGAGAGAGAGAGAGAGAGAGGAAAAGAACGAACGCAAGUUAAUAUUCUAAAACACUGGCAAACGAAGCUGGAAUACCGCAGAGAAAGAGAGAGAAACGAAACACACAUAAAUAAGUUAAUUAGUUAAGUAAAAUUACCUUAGCGCUGACUGUUCGUUUUUUUAAAUACACACACACACACAACCCUUCCAAAGUAUGUAAAGGAUGCCAAAUGAAAUGAACAGCAGCAAACAAAGCGAAAAAAGACGCCGUUCUGAAAGUGAAAAACACAUACACACACACACACCCAACAAACAAACUAAACCAUACUCUAAACAGUAGUGUGUGCAGUGUUGUGUUAAAGAAAAGAAAAAAAACAACAACAAAAAAGUAUAGUACCCCCCCCCCCCCCCCCUCUCCCCGCAAUAACACGCAAAGUCAGACAGAGAAGAAAAACAAAACCAAAUAAUUAAACAAAUAAACAAACAACUUUGCGAAACGUGAAUCCUACCAAACACUCGAAACACUUUUAAAUGAAAGUUAAAGAAAUGUUACUCUAAAAAAAAAACAACAAUUCUGAUUCUGUGUCGUUUGUGCCUUUUUUGUGUUGUUGGUUUUCGUUUUGCUUAAAAUAACCGAAAUUUCGAACAUAGAAAAAGAGAAAAGGCCGAAGGGAAGGUUGUUUUUCUUUUGUAUUAAUGUUUUCUCUUUGUUUUGUAAGUUUUUGUGCUUUUAUUUAAACCUCAUUAAAUUCAUCCAACGCAUGUAUUGGGGUAAAUUGGGUGUGGGUCAUUCCCCCCCUCCUUCCUCCACUUCUGUUUUUUUCCCUUGGGGGAGAGCGCUUCCAGCGUUUGCAGCGUUUGCACGGCUUCCUGAUUUUGGUUGUGUUUGUUGGUUUGCUUUCGUUCUUUAACUUGCUUACUGUCUAUCAUUUCAUUUCAUGAAACAAUGAAACACAAAUUAAACGUACUAGUCAUGUGAAUUAGGAGUUUUAACACACGCACGCACACCCCACACACACACACACACUGACACGCAUAUACACGCAUUAAAAACGUUUUUGCGAUGUUUCAUCUAUAUUGCUAGAAUAAAAACUUGCACAACUCGAAAAACGAUCAAUUCUGUCCUCUGCGGCGUGUGUUGCUUGUUUGUGGUGUGAUGCGGGGGUUUUGUGGGUGUGUGUGUGUGUGUGUGUGUGAACAAGAGAAAGAGAGACACAGUAAAUGUAAUUUUCGUUUUUUUGUUUGUUUAAAUCGAUUAAUGUGUGUAAUGUGCUCUGUGCGCGCUUGUAAGCAAACCUGUCACUGAGCUUAAUUUGUUUGAAUAAUUUUCCUUUUUUGCUUCGCUGCUAAUGCUGCACACGUGCUCGCUACCUAAUUAGUCUGGAAAUUAAACACGCACACACACGCGCACAGCAGCGGAAAGAAACGUAGAGAGUACUUGUUUCCCCCCCCCCCCCCCCCCCCUCCUGGGAAGCGUGUAAAACUUCCCGAGCCCCCUUUUUAUCGCGCGGUUUUACACAAUUGCAUUACUAAAACUAAAUUAGUUUCACCUUACACACCACACCUAUACAGACACAACUGUGCCUCAGCUUUCUAUUGCCGCCGCCGCCGCCGCCGCCUGCGCGCCUAUUUGUUUCUCCUCAUUGUGUUUCAUUUUGAAUGAACUGAGCGCGCGUGCAGGCGAGAAAAGUAAGAAGCUUUCCUUUGUUU